AUGUCUGAUACAACGAUUUAUGAAAGUUUUCACCCGGAUGAAAAGUAUACAACACGAAUUAAGAAUAUUUUGACUGAAUACCCAUAUGGAUCUCAAAUCCUUAGAGAAAUUUUACAAAAUUCUGAUGAUGCAAAAAGCUCUGUUCAAAUUUUUAUUUUAAACCAUAAAACCUAUCCUUCUGAAAAGUUGUGUGAUCCAAAACUUGAAAGAUAUCAAGGUCCUGCACUUUUAUCUGCAAAUGAUACUAUUUUUCAACCAGAAGACUUUAAAUCUUUGGUUAAUUUGGCGAACAGUAUGAAAAUAGACAAAUAUGAUAAAAUAGGAGUUAUGGGUAUCGGGUUCAACUCGAUUUUCCAUGUCUCAGAUGUGAGCUCAAUAAUUUCUGGAUCUUCCUAUGUCCUUAUUGACCCUCACGAGCGUCAAUAUUGUAAUGUGAAACCUGGUCAAAGAGGUUUCAAAGCCGACUUCUUAGAACACGACUUAUUGAAUGAACAUCCUGAUCAAUUCGACCCUUUUUUGAUUGAGUUCAUAAAAUCGGAAUUGAUUAAAAAGAAUCGUCACCAAUUCGAAAAUGUUCCAGACAGGUUUUAUAAUGGGACAAUAUUUCGUUAUCCACUUCGAACUUCUAGAGAUGCAGAGGAAUCAGAGAUUUCAAAUAAGGAACACAAAGUCGAAGACAUAAAAAAAUUGUUUGAUAUUUUUUUCAACGUUGAUAAUAUUAGUUGUCUUUUGUUUUUAAAGCACAUUGAAAAGAUUUUAUUUUUCGAACUUAAAGAAGAUGGUAAUAUUCCGGAACUCUUGUAUGAAAUUGGAAUUGAAAAUGUGAAGGACGUAUCUCGUGAAAGGAAAUUACUAGCCGAAAACAUAAAAUCAACGAUGUUAUCUACGACAGGUCGAGAUUCUUUUGAAUCUGUUUAUAAGAUGAGGUUUUUCCAAAGGGCUAAAGCUAAGCGUAUCAAUAACAAAAGUGAAUGGUUAAUUGUUAAUUAUAUUUCUGACACAAAUGAUGAAAAAUAUAUUAAAUUCAAGAAUCGCAUUCGUGAUUGUAAAUUUAUACCGAUUGUUGGAUUAGCUGCACGAGUUGACAAUAUAUCAAGAAAUCAGGGAAAGCUCUAUUGUUUUUUACCCUUGCCUGAUAAUUAUGAAGACUUUUCAGUUUCGAUUAAUGGCUGUUUUGCAGUCAGUAAAAAUAGAAGACGUUUGGAAAGUUCAAUGAAUGACGAUCUGGCGUCAGGUGAUAUGUUACUUCUUAAAGGUGCAUGGAAUAAAUAUUUAUUUGAAAAAGCUAUUCCUGAAGCAUGGAAGAAACUUUUAGCAGAAGUAAUAAAAAUAAAAGGUGUUUCCUACGAAAAAAUCUAUACAUUUUGGCCAUUGCCAGUGGAUAAACCCUCUCGAGAAUUGAAUACUAAAUCUUGUCUAUGGAAGGAUCUUUUACAAAAUGUUAUUAAUCGUCUCGAGCCUGGUCUUGAAGUUUUUCGUGGUCCUUCAGGGUAUUUAUCAAUAAAGAGUGGAUACUUAACUGAUGAGAACUUCUGUAAGUCAUUAGAUUUAUCAAGAAUAUUGGAAAAGCUAGGAUUUCCCAUUUUUGUAAAAAUUCCAGAACAAAUUGUCGCCAAAUUUCAAGAUUCUUUCAAAAAUGGUUUAAAGUACAUUACACCAGAUAAAGUAUGCAAUUAUCUUAAGAAAUCAGACAGGCAAACAAAUAUUGUUCGUCUUAGUAGGUCGGACAAGUUACUUCUAUUGGAAUAUAUUCUUGGAGUUAAUGAUGUCUCCGAUCUUCAUGGACUUCCAUUGCUUCCAGUCAAAAAUGAUACUUUUACAACUUUUGAGCCAGGAAGUAAUUCGAAAUAUUUUUUCAUUGCGGGCAAAAAUGAGCACACGCUUAUCGAUGAAAACCUUUUUGAAUCAAUUAUUGAUAACGAAAUUGGCGAUGUGAUUUUAUCAAAAUUAAAAUCUUAUGCAAAAAAUAGAAAAGACAUUAAUAUACAGAUUCUUUCAGAACAUGAAUUUGUGGAAAUGCUUAAGAAGUCAUUGAAGGGAUAUUCUAAAAACUCUCAAGAAAUUCCGAUCGGAAUGAAUGAUAUUCAAUGGAUAUAUGGAAUUUGGGAUUAUUUACAAAAAACCAACAGAAAUUUGUCAAACUUUGAUGAACUACAUCUUUUACCAAUAAUUAAAAAUAAAGCUAUUCAUUUGAGAAAAUUAAAAGCAAUACCAAAAUGCUUAUGCCAUUCACCACGUUAUCAAAUGAUCGGGGAUAUGCAACCUGGAUUUUUGAUUGAAAUAUUCGAAUCGCUGGGUUCUAUUUUUAUAGAUCGUGAGUUUGAAAAACAAAAGGUUUCAAACUAUGAAAAACUUAAAAAUUAUUUAAUUGAACUCGAUGAUGUUAAAGCUGUCAUAUUAUCUUUCGGACAAAAUCAAUCAUUUCCAUCUAACAUCACUAAACCUUCUCUCAGUAAUUAUGACAGAGAAUAUUUAAUUAAGUACUUUGGAAGUUAUUUGCAACGUCAGCAUUUUUUUGAUCCCAGUCUAAUAGAGGUAUUAAAGCGUUUUCCGAUUUUUACUAAAGUAAAUAGUAACAAAGCGAUAGACAUCAAUUCAUUAUCUGGGACAGCUUAUUAUUUGCUUCCUGAACCAGAUGAACAAUCAUGUGGACCUAUUAUUUCACCUCGUUGCUCAUUUUUGAAAACCCAUACUUCUAGUAAUGUUGGUUUUAUUCUUGAAAAAGUACUCAAAGUUAAACGAUUAGACCAAAGAACAUAUUGGAAAGAUCAUGUCAUUCAGCACUUAAAUGAUCAAUCAUCACAUAUUAAAGAUCAAUUAAUUGAGAAACUUUUUGAAAGAUGGAGGAUCAUAGCACCUUUUCGAAGUGAUCUUUCAGAAAUACCAUUUGUUAUUACAACAUCAUUAUUUAGAAAAAAGCCAAAUGAGAUCUUUGACCCAGACAAUUCCCAAAUAAAAGAUUUAUUCUUUUCGAAUGAACCAUUUUUUCCAAUUGAAAAGUAUUCGGAUCAAGAAUAUCUUUAUAAAUUACGCCAAUUAGGAAUGAAAACUUCGAUGACUAUAGAAGAUGUGAUCAAUCGGUUAGAAAUUUAUGCAAGAAAUAAAACCAGUGAUAGAUAUUCUAAAUCCCUUCAACUGCUAAGAUAUAUUGACGACAGUUAUGAUGAUUUUGAGAAUGAUGAAUUAUUCAAUUUGUUCUGUGAGAAAAUUAAAAAUGAAGCGUGGAUCCCAACCUUAAAACAGAAAAGACAAAAAACAUUCUCAAAAGCUUCAGAUUGUAAAGAUCAAUUACAUCAAAAUUUGGUUUCAUAUGUAAUGCCAGUAGUCCAAUAUCAGAUCAAAAAUAAUGAUUUACGUCAAAUUUUUGGAUGGAAUAAUGAUCCACCGAUAAUGAAAAUAAUAGAACAAUUAUUAUACUUGACAGAUUUAAUAAGUCAAGAGGGCUCUAAUACUGAAAUAGGAGAUCAAAUAUAUAAGAUUUAUAAUCAUUUAAACAAAGUUGUCAGCAGAUCAAAUACUGAUACAGACCUUUUGAAAAGUGAAUUAUCGGAAAAAAAAUGGAUUUUUAAUGAUGACAAACUUUAUUCAAGCGAAGAAAUCGUAUUUUCUUCUAUAAUCAAAAGCGACAUGGUUACACUUUCCAAUCGAAACAAAAACAAUUAUUCAAAACUUUUUGUUGUGCUUGGAGUUGCACAUGAACAGAAUUAUUUUGAGGCACUUAAAACUUUGGAAUUUUCGAGUAAAACGCAAAAGUCCAUAAUUGAUAUGAUCGAAUAUCUAUCUCAUACUGAAACAGAAGAUAGAUUAAAAGAACUGUUGAUCCCAAACAUGAAUAAAAAAAUGGUCCCCUGUAAAGGAUUAUUUUAUGAUGAUAUGGAUACAAGGGUUAAGGAUUCAGAUAAGGAUUUUAAUGUCAUGGCACAUCCUGCAAUUUCAAGAGACAUAGCAAAGAAAUUAAGGCUUAGAAAUUUUAGUGAAGAAUUCUUAAAAGGUAGAAUCGAUUUUGUUAAACAAAAUGAUAACGUAACAGCAACCUUUUUGAAAACUAUUCUAGAAAAAUUUGAUCAUGAAGAAAUUGUUUUUCAAGAAUUUCUCAAGAAUGCAGAUGAUGCAAAUGCAACACAGUUUUGUAUUAUUCUUGAUGAAUGUAAAUAUUCGGAUAAACUUUUAUUAAGAGAAGAUAUGAAAUGCUGGCAAGGGCCAGCAAUAUGGAUAUAUAACAAUAGUAAAUUUUCUAUUAAAGAAGACCUCGUAUCACUCAACAACGUUGAAAAAUGUUUUCCAUCGAACAAUGUUAUGGCUCUAUAA